AUGAACCUCGCAUUUGAGAACCACCCCAAGAUCAAGCUGCGCCUCCAUAUCAUUGUUGGCGCGUUACUUUUCCCGAACUUCGUCCUCGUCAUUGCACGCAUAGCGGAUAAGGGCACGCCCAAGACGAGGUCAAACACCUGGGGUAUUGUCGUGUGUCUGAAGGCUGCCAUCUUCCUGGCUUACGAAGUUGUCACGGCUCAUGUAGAGCGGUUCAAGCGCUGGGCAAGUGCGAAGGCGUACAUGAUUCUCAACAUUAUCGACACCGUUUUCUGGUUUGCUCUCUUCAUCAUCAGCAUCCUGGGAGCGAACGGCGCACACAGUCCGAGCAGCCGUGCGCUCGGUGGCAUUGUCGCUACGAUAAGCAUAAUUUUGUGUGGAAUCGUUGGCUUUCUCACUUUCAUCUGUUUUCGUGGAUGGAGAUACUUCAAGCAAUAUGGCGUCCUUCCAGGCACGUUUAAAGGAUCGAACUGA